CCUUAUAUACGAUUACGAACAUUAAUUUUUUAGACAAAAUGAAUUGACUAUAGUAUCGAAUUUUUUCCUUAGUAAAUAAAAGUCCGAGUAAUUAUGACGAGAAGUACUCUUGAUGGUAUUUUUUUAGACAAUGAGACGGCCAUGUUCUUCCGAUUCUAAAUGGGCUGCGUCUCCAAAUGUAUAGAUGUGUCCUGUACCUUCAGGAGUAACCUCAAUUUCUGUGAUGCUGGUGUUGACUGUAAGAAUUUUCUUCUCUAGUUUAGUAUGAUCAUAUGUAUAUCCCUUUUCUUCCAUAAAAUGAGCGCGAAGAGCAUUGAUUACACCUCCAUGGCACAAAACAACGACGCAUUUUUUCUCUUCGCGUAAAGGAACGACUUUUUCCUCCCAAAACUUUACGAGUCUUUGCUUUAAGCUUGUAAAACCUUCUCCAUAGUAAUCAGGAUGUUUGGUACCCAUAAGGCGUUUUGCUUCAACCACAUUCAUCCCUAUUAUAGUAUGUUAGCGACUUGCACGACCUUCAUGGUCACUUCAGAUAACUUCUUAAAGUCUAAUUAUAUUGUGUACUUACCUCUCUAAUUAAAUCCGAAUAUUCGAUAGGAAUCUCGGGUCGUAAUUCAAGUAAAGGUUUGAUGGUCUAUAAUUAGGUUAGUUUGCAAGUUCUGAAAAUAUAAUCUACUAACCUCGCGGCAUCGCUUCAUCGAGCUGCAGAAAAUUUGAUCAAUGUUCAGCGAUGAAAGUCUGGAGCCCAGCAACUUUGCUUGGAGUUGACCGGUUUCACUCAAACUUGUAUCCACAGAUCCUUGCUGAAGAGAAUGUUAGCGAACUGUCUUGAAGAGAGUAGACGAAGCCAAUUCGUCUUUAAAAUUCAUCAUACCAAAAUCCCGACUUUGUUUUGUUCUGUCUGGCCGUGACGAAUCAAGAAGACCUUCAUUUUGGAUAUAAAAGAUAAAUGUUUUGCUGAGGGUUACAAAUAGCUGCCAAAAACUGCCAGUUAGUAUAAGCUUAAAGUAUUGUUUUUGAUUCUUUAAUUCUUUUAUAUUUUUUAACAAAAAAUAUGAAAUAGAGAAACAAUAUACUGAUAUUUACACGGAAACGGAGAAAAGCUUGUAGUAUCAACUGAAGUUUGAACAGUGUUCAAUGUUUAUAAUUGAACGAAGAUUUUCCUCAGUACUCUCUCAGUGGACUUAAACAGAUGCUUAUGUCUUUUCUUUUCUAACUUACUUUUAUAUUUGCUGAAAAAAAGGCAGAGAAUAAAAUAUUUAGUUUAUUUUGGGCAGGGUGCGUUAGUCUAGUGUACUACCUUUCUAUUACUUCAUGACUGAAAAUCAAAGUCAUGGAUUUUAUGAUUUACAAGAUGGAAUAGAGUGGAUAUGUAGGAAUUCUGAAGUUCCUACGGGUUCAAAAAAAGCUAUUUCUAAUCGUUUGCGACAAUUCCAAGGUUUGGCUUCUCAGGAAGGGUUGACAAAUGAAGCAAUUGAAGUGCUGCUCAAUGUAAUUCUAUCCACUAAUACAAGAUUUGACAAAAGCCAACUGAUUAUCAUUGUGAAAAGCUUAUACCCAAAGCAGUUUGUGUCCCACUUCAUCGCCGUCAAAAUUAUAAGCAGCUUGGAUCCUUAUGGAGUUCGCCAUGCCUAUGCAUACCAAGAAAAACUAUUGAAUUGGCUAGCUCAUAUUUAUGAGUUUUUAGAAGAAAAAGAUCGUUUUGCACGGUUUUAUGGUGUUUUAUUUCAUUUCCUGGACUAUGUCACUCUCCGUCCCUCUCUUGUGCGUCUACUUAUUUUGACAACCAAACAUUCUUAUAUAAAAAGAUUUAGGAUUCAUCAACUUCUGUCUUUAUAUCAAAAACCAGGAAACGCCAACGAUCCUUAUAUACUCGAGCUACUACAUACUUACAAACAGCACUAUCCUGACGUUAUUAUUGGCUCCUUCCAACAAAGAGGCACUGUUCCAUGGAAGAUAGACCUUUCUUGGAUUGCAAGAGUUUCAGACCUAAUACAUUCUUCGACGGAGCCUUCUCAUCGUACACUACAAAUGCCUGAAAAGCGAAAGAGAGUACCAAGCUUAAUUCCAGAAUUGUUUACUAUGGAAAACAAACUUGAGAAUGUUCCUUUGAACGAAGUUUUUACUGUUCAACAGCUUUCUUCUGCAUUCGAAAAAAUAAAACAACCAAACCAGGUUGCGGCACUUCUUCGUAGCAACGUUUUCUUCUUAUACUAUCGUCUCCUUAACAAUCCAAUUUUGGUAAAUAAACUGACAGAAUGGUUGUAUACUACUCUUUACUCCGGAUUACUCUUAGAUUAUGGAACACUUGAACAGCGCCUUGAACUUUUUCAUUUCCUCAGUCGGCAUUUAUUGUACGCUAAUAAUUCGUUGUCAUUCCUUUACGAUUUUAUAACACGUUACUUAAUGAAGCCUUCCUUAUCAUUCAAGGAAUACGAAGCUAUAUGCCAUUUAAUAACAUGUUUAGAUGUUGCGAAGAAUGAGCAAGAAUACGCCGUGUUUUUUAAGCAACUAGACCUCUACACUGAAAAACUAUCAUUAAAAGAGUGCCAACUACAUUUAGAUUAUAUAUUAGUUUGGGCUUUGCGUCUCGUCAACAAAACGGAUUCGAGGCAACAAUCGGACUCAAAAGGUAUUCUGUUUAAAUACAUUUUUUCACAUUCAUUCCAUUUGCUAGAUGUGUUUCUCUGGAACGAAAAACUCUUUGCUCCUUCGGCCUUAAUUAUGAUCACUAUUUUGAAUGCAGGUAGUGAUUUGAAAGUUCAAGUAUGGCCAGAAAAAGUUGCUUUUGAAAAAUUAGUAAAGCUUCUUUUUACCAAAAGCUCUCCUCAUACUAUUGAGACUAGUUUUCGUUUAAUACAGUCAGCAGAACAUAAUUUAAGAAAUGAAGACCAAAGAGACUUACGAGAGCAAUUGAAAGUUAUUAACAAGCAAAUGACAAAUUGUUUACUAGAAAAUGCCAAAAAACCAGAAUUCAUUGAUGUUAUUUUUUUUGAAUUGAACUUUCAAUCGCUGGAUAAUUUUAUGCCUAAUUUUAACAAUAUGUGGUCUUUGACGUCUGGUGUUCAGUUUUCUUAUUAUACAUUACAGUACUUGAAAAAGAAACAAGAGGAGGACCCUACUUUUAUUCUGACUUCCUUGACGAAUUUAACAAAACCAAAAUACUUAGAACUUCAAAGGAACUUACAUUUAGCCCAAUCUUGGACGUCUUUUCAAACUGAUUUAAUUUCUGAUUUAAAAAGGAAGUAUUAUAAAGCCAUUUAUCAAUCAUUAUUCUCUUCAUCCACUGGUUGAAGGGUUUUCUUAUUAGAACUAUUUAAUCU